AGAGAAGAAGACAUUUUGUGGAAAGACAGCGUAGAGAGGAUACACAUAUCCACAUGCCAGUGGGAUUUUACCAUUAAAUAUAUUUUCCACCUGUUUGGACGGUUUAAUACACACCAAGAGUCAACUCGUGAAAAAUCCGAGCACUGGGUUCGAAAAGAAUUGAUAUUUGCAAGCUAAUUUGGCUGGAUUGGCGUUGGCUGUACCAUUCAUCCAUUAGCUUAGCUUUAGCCUCCGCAUUGCUGGGCUAGCAAGCACGAAGCUAAGCUAAGCUAGCACAGACACCGCAUUUAGCUAACCGGCUAAAUCUCUUCUCUUUUUCCCCCCAACCACAGACACAGAAUGGCGUUGAAACGAAUUCACAAGGAGCUGACCGAUCUGGGUCGGGAUCCUCCAGCACAGUGUUCUGCAGGGCCGGUGGGUGAUGACUUGUUUCACUGGCAAGCCACAAUUAUGGGACCUAAUGACAGUCCAUACCAGGGUGGCGUGUUCUUCUUGACCAUUCAUUUCCCUACAGAUUACCCAUUUAAACCACCUAAGGUUGCGUUCACCACAAGAAUUUAUCACCCCAACAUUAACAGUAACGGCAGCAUCUGUUUGGAUAUUCUAAGAUCGCAGUGGUCACCAGCAUUAACUAUUUCUAAAGUUCUCUUGUCCAUCUGCUCUCUGUUAUGUGACCCGAACCCAGACGACCCGCUAGUGCCAGAGAUAGCACGCAUAUAUAAAACAGACAAUGAAAAGUACAACAGAAUAGCUCGGGAAUGGACCCAAAAGUACGCCAUGUGAUACCUGAGCAAACGUCACCCCAACAAAUCUGCAUUAUAGCUGGAAGAACGUCCUACAACUGGCUCUCCUUCAGUUUCUUUUUUUUUCCUUUUUUUUAACUCCCUUUCUCCCCUUUCAGCGAAUUGGCACUUCCCCCUGUCUUUGAGUCCCAAUAAUUUUUUCAUCCAGUUGUUUCGUGCCCCUUCUCAAACUCCCAUGUGCUGCAAACACGUCACUUUUUAUUCCCCAUUUAAAAAAAAAUAAAAAAUUAAUCCAGGCUGAACUCUGAAGCAUGUGUCAAGGACUCCAGCCACGGAUUUAAAGAAAGCAAAUAAAGAACGCUUUAUUAACUCAUGCCACACAUUGGAGGUGCUAUUAAGAAGAAAUAAAGACAUACAUCCAUAAAAACAGUGGUUCUUCAUGAGCGGUCUGUUGCAUUGGCCUUCACUCUUUUUUUUUUAUAUAUAUAUUUCGCAGCUUUUUCAAUAGCGAAUCCAGUCUGUGAAAUAAUGAGAAUAUAUUUAGUCCGGAUACGAAUAAACGAACAGUUCUGACUAUGAAAUCUACUUCCUGCAUGUUUAACUGCGAAUCGGCUGUCCGCUAAAAACGCCGCCAGUGUUGAACACGCGGGUCCACCCUGUACGGAGUCUGAGGACUUGAUUUUUGUUACUCCUGUAUUUUUUUUGGGUUUAGUUGUUUUAAGACAAAGCUAUUAGUUUAUCUGUCUUCCAACUACACUGUUUGCUUAUUGCACUGAUUCAAUGCUCUGAUUGGACGACCGGUCAACUAAUAGCUCUACUAGCUGUCCAUUUUUGGUUUCUCAAUAAAGUUGGUCAAAUGUA